CUACCAAUGGUUCGCUCCUGUAACCUCUAAACUGUCGUCUUUCGAGGACUGCGAGACAGCGCAGAGCGAUUAUAGUCUUCUAUUGGUGCUGUUUGUAAGGCAAGAUGGUGAACUUUGUGAACAUCUUCCGAGAACAUUGGGUUAAUGUGCUGGUUCCUCUUGGAUUCGUUAUUGGAGUUUACUUAGACAGAAGAAACGACGAGAAACUCACCGCAUUCAGGAACAAGAGCUUGCUGUACAGCAGAGACCUGAAACCUGGAGAAGAAGUGACAUGGAAAUAAAUUGCUUUCAUUAAUGUAUAUAAUUUCAGACUGAAGAAUCUAAUAAACCAAUGUGGACUCUGUGA